AUGGUGUCCAACCAAUCACACCCUCCUGGGGACUCCCAAACCAAGCUGGAAUCACUCACUGACCACUGCAGUCCACAGCUUAUUCUGCUCUGUUUCACUGUUAAGUUUGUCACACUGGUUGAAAUUGGAAUCCAAAAACUUGGAAAUCAUAAGAUUUUUGUGCUUGCUGUGUUAGGCCUCCUAGAUACCAUGAGGGUCUCCAAGAUCACUGUGCUGAUGGAGAAACUUCUUGGUCCCAUGCCUGAGCUCCUCAACUAUGUGAUGAUAGGAGUAUAUGCUCUUUGCUUCUACAUCAUGAAGGUGAAUAAAAACAGCAAAUAUUCCUGUUUCAUUGGCAUGCAGCACAUGGUUUUCUUUGAAGUCAGCGUUGGGAUCAUUGCCAACAUGGUUCUCUUUCUCUUUCAUGUUCUCACAUUCUUUCUGGGGCACAGGCCUAAGGCUACUGAUCUGACAGUUGGUCACCUGGCCUUUAUCCACAUAGUGAUGCUCCUGACUGUGGGUUUCAUAGCUAUAGACAAUUUUGGGUAUCAGGAUUUGAAUGAUGACAUCACAUGUACAUCUAUUAUCUAUUUGAAUAGAUUGAUGCGGGACCUCUCCAUCUGUACCACCUGCCUGCUCAGUGUCCUCCAGGCCAUCACCCUCAGCCCCAGAAGCUCCUGUUUGGCAAAAUUCAAGCAGAAAUCCUUUCAUCAGAGCCUGUGUCGCUUUCUCUUUUUGUGGGUCCUCAAUAUGGUCAUCAGUAGUCGUAUGUUAAUCUCCACUGUUGCCACUCCCAAUGUGACCUCACACAGUCUCAUGUUUCUUACUAAAUCUUGCUCUCUUUUGCCCAUUAAUUCCUUCCUCAAGUACAUGUUUUUUUCACUGCUGAGUUUCCAGCACAUGUCCUGUAUAGGGCUCAUGAUGCUCUCAAGUCUGUACAUGGUGAUUCUCUUGUACAAGCAUAAAACGCAGUCUCAGCAUCUUCACAACACCAGCCUGUCUCCAAAAUCAUCUGCAGAAGAAAGGGCCGCACGGACAGUUCUGUUGCUAAUGAGUUUCUUUAUUGUCAUGUACACUUUGGACUCUGCUAUCGGGUUGACUUCUUCAGUCAUGUGGAACAGUGACCGCAUUCAUUAUUGUGUGCUGAUGCUGAUUGGCAAUGGCUAUGCCACAGUCAGUCCCUUGGUGCUUAUCAGUACAGAACGACGAAUGAUUAAGUGCUCCAUAUUCAUGUGGCUUGAAUUUAUUUCAAGCCUUGUGAUGCCACCCAAAUGCUCUGCUCCUUCUAAGACUUCUGACAGUGAACCCAAGCACCAGAGGAAGAUGCUUACCAUCAAAGAAAAAGUGGAACUUCUUGACAUGUGA